UACGAGAAUCACACCUGGACGCACGUCAUAUGUCAUGACCUGAACAAUUUUCUUGAAAUUUCAGCAUGAGUUAUAAACUUGUCACAGAAAGUUCCAUCCAAGAUGGCGACCAGGAACCGCCAACCUUGGGCAAUAACGAGACCGACAGUGCCUCGCCGUACGGCUUCCAAGCUCGCAUCGCCACGCUGUGGAUACUCUUCGCUGUCGGAAGCCUGGGAAACUUACUGGUGUUCGCCUGGCUCUGUCUCUUCCGCCGCCGGCGAUCCCGCCUUUACAAGAUCGUCUUCGGCAUCUCCAUUGCCGACAUGUGCGUGUGUAUCUUCAACGUGCUGGUCAGCGCCAUCUUGGAAUUACAGGGCACCAGUUGGUAUGCUGGUAACAUAGUCUGCAAACUGGUAAUGUUCAUGCAGAGCGUGAGCCUAAUGGCGUCCAGCAACAUGGUGGUCCUGUUGGCAGUCGACAGACAUCAGGCAGUCAGAAACCCACUCAAAAAAGGCUACAACCUAAAAGGGGUAAUAGCAAUGGCCUGGGCAUGCGCACUGGUGUUUUCUAUCCCCCAACUGAUCAUUUGGUAUCAGAAGGAAACGGGUGCCUUAAAGACAUGUUCCACCUCUUUCCCAGAGCCAGUGGCGUCUUGGAAGGUCGCCUACAUUACCUACGCUGCCGUUGUUAGCUUCCUCAUACCCUUCGUCGUGGUCGCCAUUGCGUACAUUCGCAUCACCAAGCAAAUCUGGAUUCGCGCGUCGGGAGGCAGUAUGCACCACUCCAUCAAGACGACGACUGUUUACUCCAACGGGAACCGAAUGAACUUGAGGGUGACCUCCUCGGCCCUAUUGAUCAAGGCAAAGAACAAGACUCUCACCAUGUCCACUGUGAUUAUUCUGGUCUUCAUGGCCUGUGGUUUGCCAUACUUUAUCGUGGAGAUUAUCAGGUUGUACAACUCUGGUUUUGCAAUUGACCAGAAUGUUUACGCCGUGCUGGGCACGUUCGCGGUGUCCAAUUCGGCGGUGAAUCCCUACAUUUUCUUGGUGUUCAAUUUGGGAAGUCGGGGCAGAUUUACGAGAGAUCGCUCUUCAACAACGUAAAGGUGGAUUGUGAAACAUUUACAAAAAGGGCUACCUUUGUUUUGUUUUUUUCCUUUCAAAAAGUUGGUUGAGGGCGGCGAAUUUGACGGCUGAGUGCAUCCGGGUCUUAUAGACUAAACAAAAGUACUAUAUUGCUCCGAUCCCAGCGCCAGGCUUUAAUGAGUCAAUUUUGACUUAUUCAAGAUUUGAUCUUUUUAAUUUUUAAUGUAGGUGAUGAUUGGACAAUCAUUAUGUUGAGUUAAAAUAUUUACCUCUCGCUUUGUAAAUUGUUCUUGCAAGCUUGUAAGUAGAGAAGUGUCAGUUGCAUUUAUUUUAUAAUCUGAUACAAAUUAAUGAAUUGCCAUACUUUAUCAAUGAAUUCACUGUAAAUAUUAUCUCAUCUAAACUGAUCGGGGUCAAGUC